CUCUCCGCACUGACCCCCAUUACCUCCUCGCUUGCUGAGCCCAUCUCUGCUUCGGGGGCUGGCCAGCCAGUCACUGGGAGCCAGGACUCCUGGGUUCUCUCCCUGGCUCCGGGAGGGGAGUGGGAUCUAGUGGGUUGGAGCAGCGGGGGCUGGGAGCCAGGACUCCUGGGUUCUCAGGGGCGAAUCCCUCCAUGCUUUGCCCAUAAAGGGCUCCCAGCCCAUCCCAGUCCUUCUCUCUCUCUCAGCCGGAGGCAAUUUUCCUUCCUUCUCUUCAGCUGUCCCCCUUUCUAAUCCCUGCCCUGCUCGGAGGAUCCCCCCAUCCUGUUACCCUGUCCCCCUCGGUACCUCUCAGCCCCGGCCCCUCCUGCUAGUUCUUCCCUCCUCUCCCAGGCCUGGCGCUCCUCCCCGAGCCCCCCUCCCCAGGCCGUGUGUCUCCAGCUCAGUCUGGGCUGGAGGGAUCAGUGUUCAGGAUGGGGGGGGCCCCCCAAGCUGUCUGGACCGUCCCCCUCUCUUAUCUGCUCUGACUGUGCACCCCCAAUCAUCGCACCCGGCCCUUGGGGCUCUCAGCCACCAACCCCCACCAGGUGUCCCCAUCCCAUCGAGGGGCCAGGCUGGGGACUGUGUCCCUCCACACUUUAUGGGGAUGUGUAUUAUGGUACCGCUUGGAGGCUGCACAUGAAAUCAGGGUCGGGGGGUGACACUGAGCGCUGCCCAGAUCAGAGCCCCCCUUGUGCCGGGCGCUGCCCAGACCCCAACCAAGAUCAGGGCCCCCCAUUGUGCCAGGCGCUACCCAGACCCUGACAGAGAUCAAGGCCCCCCGUUGGGCCGGGCACUGCCCAGACCCCAACCAAGAGCAGGGCACCCUCUUGUGCCGGGUGCUGCCCAGGCACACACUGAGAGACCGGCUCUGCCCUGGAGAGCUCCCAGUCUAAAUGCACCAGGGGAAGCAGAGCCCUAGAGUUGUGAAGUAACUUGCCCAGAGUAACCCAGCCGGUCAGUAGCGGAGCUGCGAAUAGAACCCAGGAGUCCCAAGUGCCGCCACAUUCCCACGCUGCCUCCGGGUCCCUCGAUCUCCUCUCCCUGCCCCAGGCAUCUUUGCAGCUCCCUGCAGCUCAGUAGCGCCUGCAGGUUUAAAUCACCGCCCCCUCUUUCCAAAGGGAAUGCCGUGAACCCCGCUUUCCUCACCAAUGCCUUUCGCCUGCCAACGUCCCCAAAGAGUGUUUGGACGUUGGCUUAUUCUUUGCUUCGUCGCCUAAACUGUUGUGUGGCGUUAUGUGUGGCUGUUCCCCAACUGCUCCGCCCCAAAGGUGGCUGCAUCUCCGUGCCAGGCCAGCCCUCCCCAAACACCAGACCCUUGACACUAGGAGCAGUACCAUCCCCACCCUGGGCUGAGGGCACUGGCAGAGGGGCAGGCUCUCACCCACGCUCUCUCCCCACAGAUCUGUGCCCCCCAUGGCCGGGCCAAACCGGACGGUGGUGACUGACUUUCUCCUCGUGGGCUUCCCCUCCCGCCGAGACCUAAGUCUGCUGCUCUUCUCGCUGGCAUUGCCCGUCGUCCUGCUGGGCCUGGCAGGGAACCUGGGCCUGGCGGUUCUGACCCGGGCCGAGCGCUCCCUCCACACCCCCAUGUACUACUUUCUCAGCCACUUGGCGCUGCUGGACCUCUGCUCCUGCUGUGCCGUGGGCCCCGUCAUGCUGUGGGGCCUGCUGGCCGGCUGGGCUGCCCUCCCUGGCCCGGCCUGCGCCCUCCAGAUGUUCCUCUUUGCCUCUGCCACGGAUGCCGAGUGCUGCCUGCUGGCCGCCAUGGCCUACGACCGCUAUGCUGCCGUCUGCCGCCCACUGCACUACCAGGCCGCCGUGCCGCCCUGCCUCUGCCGCGGGCUGGUGCUGGGCUCCUACGCGGCCGGGGCGGCCAGUGCGGCCGUGCACUCCGGCCUGGCCUUCCGCCUUCCCUUCUGCCGCAGCCGCGCCCUCGACAGCUUCUUCUGCGACAUCCCACCCGUGCUGGAGCUGGCCUGCGCCGACACCAGCCUCAACCAGGCCCUGCUGCUGGCCAUCUGCGGCGCCAUCCAGAGCGUCACCCUGCUGGCCAUCCUGGCCUCCUACGGGCUCAUCCUCGGGGCUGUGGGGCGGGCGGGCUUGCGCCGGGCUGCCUCCACCUGCGGCUCCCACCUGGCAGCUGUGGCCGUGCUCUACGGGACCCUCAUCUUCAUGUACCUGCGGCCCGAAGGCAGCUACGCCGCACAGGCUGACAAGAUGGCUGCUGCCUUCUACACCGUGGUCAUCCCCACCCUCAACCCCGCCAUCUACAGCCUGCGCAACGCUGACAUCAAGGGGGCCCUGGCGAGGCGGCUCCUGGGUGGGCGCCGCGUCUGGGGGGGCUGA